CCCCCCAGCCCAGCUCAGCUCAGCUCAGUCGCCCCAUAGUAGAGUUGUCUCGCGCAGUAGAAGUCUGACACACCAGACGGACGGCGCUCGUGGUGAUCUAUCCUCUUAUCUAUCAAUCAGAGUGCUGCUAUGGGUGUUGUGUGUUGGCUGCUGCAGCUGCUGCUGGUGACGGUGGUCUCGUGUCAAGAUGAGAACGAAGUCCUGAAGCACCUGGAACACCUAGCAACCAACCCCAGCACACAGAUUGACAACACUGUGUCCAACCUCACGGAGACCAAGCAGGACCUCCCUACACCUGGGCCCACCACUGUUGCCGGGGCUGCAGGAGGCGUGGCCAGAGCCGACGGGGGUGUGGUCAGGACUGCAGGAGGCGUGGCCAGAGCUGAUGGGGGUGUGCCCGGGGCUGCAGGAGGCGUGGCCAGAGCCGACGGGGGUGUGGUCAGGACUGCAGGAGGCGUGGUCUGUGCUGGGGGCCAGUGUCACUGCUCCAACACUCCGGGGUCGUAUGAGUGCCACUGCCACCGCGGCUUCACGAUGGGACCAGAAGGAUGCCAGGAUAUUGAUGAGUGCCCCCUGGCUGUGUGUGGUGGCGUUGCGCUCUGCCAGAACACUCCGGGUUCCUUCCGCUGCAGUUGCCCUCUGGGAUACGUACUCGCCCUGAACGCCAACACAUGCGUAGAUGUUGAUGAGUGUAGUUUCGAGGAGCGUUGUCGUCGUGAGUUUGGCAACGUGUGUGUGAACACCGAGGGAAGCUACAGCUGCGACUGCACGACGGGAUUUAAAGUGGACGAGGCCGCAUGCACAGACGUGGAUGAGUGUGUGGAGCGUCCGGGUGUGUGUGCCGGCGCCGGUGUGUGUCAGAACACUCUGGGGAGCUACAAGUGUGUGUGUCAGCCGGGAUACAGAGGCAACGGCACACACUGUGAAGACGUUAAUGAGUGUAUGUCAGCUGACCACAAGUGUGACAUCAACGCCCGCUGUGGCAACGUGAUUGGCUCCUACUUCUGUCAGUGUCACCAUGGUUACCUUGGAGACGGACACUCAUGCUUUGAUGUGGAUGAGUGUGGUGUUGGGGGCGGGGCAUGUGAGCACUCCUGCACCAAUCAGCAGGGGUCUUACACCUGCAGCUGCGACGCCGGAUACACGCUGACGGACAACCUACACAACUGCACAGAUGUGGAUGAGUGUGUUCAGGGGAGUGUGUGUGACCAGCUCUGCAGUAACUCUCUGGGAUCCUUCGCCUGCUCCUGUCGCCAAGGUUACCAGCUGCACAUCGAUGGACACAGUUGUGUAGAUGUAGACGAGUGUGAGCUGGCCAAUGGCGGCUGUUCUCACGAGUGCCACAACACACCUGGAGGCUUCACCUGCCAUUGCCCCGCCCCCCUGCUGCUGAGCAGGAACAACAACACCUGCGGCAACGUGUCCUCCUGUGCCCUGAGGAAUGGGGGGUGUGACCACGUGUGCUCCAUGGGACCUGAGGGGCGUGUCCAGUGCGGUUGCAAAGCAGGCUGGGAGUUGGAGUCUGACGGCAGGACGUGCAAAGAUGUGGAUGAGUGUGUGCUGUUUGGCGGGGGGUGUGAGCAGGUGUGUGUCAACUUCCCCGGAGGUUUCAACUGCAGCUGCAAACACGGAUACGAGCCGCGCAGAGACAAGCCAAACACAUGCACACCGGUGUGUGAGCCCCCGUGCCUGAACUCAGGUGUGUGUGUGUCUCCUGACACCUGUGACUGCCCAGCGGGAUACCCAGGACCCGGAUGCUCAGCUAUGUGUUCCCCCAGGUGUGCUAACGGGGGUACCUGUAUGCGAUGGAACACCUGCCUCUGCCCAGACGGCUGGACUGGAGAAGGAUGCCACACAGCGGUGUGCUCGCUGCCCUGUGCCAAUGGUGGGCGGUGUGUUGCCCCUGACGUGUGCCAGUGCCCCUCAGACUACUCAGGACCCCAGUGCCUCACGCCGAUGUGCACCCCGGCCUGUCAGAAUGGUGGACGCUGCGUCGACAUCAACAAAUGCAGCUGCAUCGGAGGAUGGCAGGGCCCGCGUUGCCAAAUAGAGCCUGUGCGGUGUCUUAAGCCCUGUCAGAAUGGCGGCAGGUGUGUGGGAGUGAACCGGUGCAGAUGUCCUGCAGGAUUCCUAGGAACGCACUGUGAGAACGCCAUCAUGGUCCCCUGCGUGCCUCCUUGUAAACAUGGCGGCAGCUGCUCUCCUCAAAACACCUGCAGUUGCCCACCAGGGACCACAGGAGGGCGCUGUGAGAAACUUUUGUGUCCGGUGGUGACGAUGGUGGUCAGCACAGCGCGAGGAGUCCGGAAGCCGACGAGGGAGAGUUACGUAGACCGCUGCGGACCCCUGGGGGUACAACUCUGCACCAAAUACAGGAUAAAUCAGGCGCGUGUUUACUUGCAGGCCUACAAGGUCGGAUACAAGAUCCAUUGUCCGGAGAAGGGAGGAUAAGACUACAUGCUUACACACACGCACACACACACA